CAAUCUAAGAAUACAUGAACCUUCAACUUUAACAAACAUACACUUAGUAGCCUUCACGUCAAAUAAUCACAAAAUAUGUCAAAUUACAUGCCAAUAACAUCUAUAUAUACCUAAGAAUAAUCAUUUCAAAUGUCAUUAACAAUCCAAAAAUUUCACCACACAAAAUAUGGCUAUUAAAAUCCAAGUUAUCUUAUUCGUAUCGUCGUUGCUUCUAGCAUUCGGGUAUGGUCAUGACCCGGCCCAGCCCGUUGACACGACAACGACGACUGUGGUGAUUGAAGGCAUGGUAUACUGUCAAAGUUGUGAUACAUAUGGAUCAUGGUCAUUACAAGGGGCUAAGCCAAUUGCAUCUGCUAAAAUUAGUGUCAUAUGCAAAAACUACAAGAAAAGAGUGAAUUUUUACAAGGCAUUUGAGACAAAUGAAUAUGGUUAUUUUUAUGCAGAGUUACAAGGUUAUAAAAUGGGACAUUCUUAUCUUGAUCAUCCACUUCAAUCUUGUCAUGUGAAAUUGGUCAAUUCUCCACAAGAAAAAUGUAAUGUUUUUAGUAAUAUUAAUUAUGGAAUCAAUGGUGCACCACUGAGAUUUGAUGAUAAAGUUAUUGAUAGAAGUGAUUAUAAAGCUGUAAUUUACACUGCUGGUCCUUUGGCUUUUCGACCAACAGACUGUCCUCCAAAAUAAGUUGUUUGUGCCGUGAAAUCGUCAUUAAUGUUGUAUUAGAGAAGACUGUCUACAUCACAUUUUCUGAGAUAGACGCAUUAAUUGAGUUUGUUAUGGUUUUGAUAACUUCUCAAUGGUCCAAUAAUGUUUUACAAGAAUCUCUAGUGCUAUAAUUUUGUCAUGUAUACCUAAAGCCUCAAUUGUAUGAUAUUUGUGCUUAUGACUUUUCUCCGAUGUGCCAUACUUAGCUUUUUCAACAUUCAUUGAGAAAAACAAUGAAUAGGAGAGAUAAUAAUUUUACUUUCUACUA